AUUCCUGAACCAUAAAAGCCUCCGUCUCCGUCUGUUAUCUCCCGGUGACUCGAGUCGUCUCCGUAACCGUCGCACUCUCGCUUACUCGUCGCAUGUCUUCGCCAGAGGAGAUGGAUGAUACAUCAGAACCCCCAUCCCCGCCAAAGAACACUUACAAUGAUCCCGACGGUGGAAGGCAACGAUUCUUACUUGAACUCGAGUUCGUUCAGUGUCUCGCUAAUCCUACUUACAUCCACUACCUGGCACAGAAUCGCUAUUUUGAAGAUGAAGCGUUUAUUGGAUACUUGAAGUAUCUUCAGUACUGGCAGCGACCAGAGUACAUCAAGUUCAUAAUGUAUCCACACUGCCUUUAUUUCCUCGAACUUCUUCAAAACCCCAACUUCAGAACUGCUAUGGCCCAUCCUGCAAACAAGGAGUUGGCACAUAGGCAACAGUUUUACUAUUGGAAGAACUACAGAAACAACAGGCUGAAGCACAUUCUACCACGGCCUCUUCCUGAGCCUGUAGCUCCACAACCGCCAGCUUCUCUGCCACCUGCCCCGUCUGCACCUGCUGCUCCAUCUCCAGCUCCUUCUCCGAUGCAGUACAGUAAUAUGCUUCCGAAGAAUGAAACAAGGAAUAUGGUUUCUGCUGGGAUUGAUCGUAGGAAGAGAAAGAAGGGUCCAUGAGCUGCCCUGAAGCAGCCACCAUGGGUCUGGGAUAUGCUUUCCUGCGUUUCCUUAGAGAGGGAAGCCUGCUUGACUCAAGUUACAAAGCUCCUUAUAUUCAUUCCAUGUCAUACUAGGCUGUAGUGGGAAGCUGUAGUUCACGGUGUCAAUCUUUGUCUAUGGUAUACAAAUCCUUAAUCAGUAUUAGUCUGUCUUUUGUUUCUCUGGUCAUAUAGAUCGACGUUAUUGAGGCUGUUGGGUUUUUAGUAAAUGGUAGUUUUGAGAUUUAUUCGGUAUGCUACAUUCGUUAGUUAUUGCAAUGAAUGAAUGUUCUAACU